AGUUACAGCAGGUGUUCAUGUUGAAAUACUUUCAAUAAAGGGGCGGAGCAGGUUGGCUUCCGUAUAUUUCAACAUCAGUGACUUCCCACAGUCAGCAGCUCUUGUCACAGCAGAAUAGUUGCCACCAAACCAGGACGCCUGGAUAGUAAUUGCUCUCCUGCUCAGCCAGAAUGGCUCUCAUCCACAGUGUCCUCUUUCAGAUCUGUAGCUGGAUGGACAUCUGUCUGCUUCCACAGAUGCUUGGAGCGGUGCUGGUUGCUGUGGUCGGGUUUUGGACUGUGAAACUGCUGGUGUGUCAUGCCUGGUACACCCACAAGUUAUCCUGCUUCAAUAAGCCACAAACACGCUCAUGGCUGAUGGGCCAUAUGGGCCAGAUGCAGAGCACAGAAGAAGGUCUCUUGCAGGUGGAUGACUUAGUUCAGACCUACAAACACUCCUGCAGCUGGUUCCUCGGUCCUUUCUACCACCUGGUCAGAAUCUUCCAUCCUGACUACGUCAAACCGCUGCUGAUGGCAUCUGCCAACAUCACAAUGAAAGAUGAGCUUAUUUAUGGCCACCUACGUCCAUGGCUGGGACAAAGUUUGUUGCUGAGCAACGGAGAGGAAUGGUCUCGCAAAAGACGACUCCUGACUCCGGCUUUUCAUUUUGAUAUUCUAAAAACCUACAUUGCCACUUUUAACUCUUCAACUAACACCAUGCAUGAUAAGUGGCGUCGUCUGGUAGCAGAAGGCAAAAACAACUUGGAGAUGUUUGAUCACGUGACUCUGAUGACGCUGGACAGUUUACUGAAAUGCGCCUUUAGCUACAACAGCAACUGUCAGGAAUCCAGCAGUGAGUAUGUGUCAGCCAUAGUGGAGCUCAGUGACCUGAUAAUAGAUCGCCGCCUGAGGAUUUUACACCACUGGGACUGGAUUUACUGGAAAACACAAGAGGGAAAACGAUUCAAACAGGCCUUAAAUGUUGUACACAGAUUCACUCGGGAAGUGGUUCAGAAGCGUCGUGUCCUCAUUAACCAGCAGAGGGGCACAGAAACACAAUCCAAUCUCACCACAACACCACAGAGGAAGAAAGAUUUUGUGGACAUUAUACUGUUGUCAAAGGAUGAAGAUGGACAAGGUCUAACAAAUGAGGAGAUUCUGGCUGAGGCCAACACCUUCAUGUUUGCAGGUCACGACACAACAGCCAGUGCGAUUUGCUGGACGCUGUAUAAUUUAGCAUGCCACGCACACUUUCAGGAAAAAUGCAGGCAGGAGGUGAUGGAUCUCAUGCAGGGACGAAGUGAACAUGAAAUAGAAUGGGAGGAUCUGUCCAGUCUUCCUUUCACCACCAUGUGCAUCAGAGAGAGUCUGAGGCUCCACUCACCUGUGCAGGCUGUGACGAGGAAGUACACUCAGGACAUGCCGCUACCAGGAGAUCUCAUCGUACCAGAAGGGGUGAUCUGUUUGGUUAGCAUAUAUGGAACACACCACAACCCUGAAGUCUGGACAAACCCACAUGAGUUUAAUCCUCUGCGCUUUGACCCGACCAACCCUGAGAGUCGCUCAUCUCAUGCCUUCAUCCCAUUCUCCUCAGGCCCCAGGAACUGCAUCGGACAGAAAUUUGCCAUGGCAGAACUUCGAGUCGUUGUGGCAUUGACCUUGCUCAGGUUUCGUCUCACCCUGGGCGUGAAUCCUGAACUCAGAAACGGAUCUGGGGAAAUUCGCCGUCUCCCACAGCUUGUUCUGCGUGCCGAAGGAGGCUUGUGGCUGCAGUUAGAGCCUCUGAACCCACCCAGCAUGAGUAUACUUUAGGAUGAAUGAUCCAACAAAAGGUUCAUGAAGAUCUGGUUGUACAGCCAAGAAUUUGUAAAGCAAUUUUUAUUUGGCUUCUAUCAUAAAAAUAAGCAUGAUAAUAAUUUGCAUACUCAUAUUGUUGCAACAUUAUAUUGUCUUAUUGUAUGUCUUAUCACCCAGCCAACACACUUAAAUGUGGUUUAAAUA